AUGCUCCUCCGAUUGCAACGCUGCAAUUUCAUACCCCUACGAAACCUAUCGAGACAGACGCCCAAAGUCGCUCGAGUCCUCGAUGACUUCCUCGGAGCCAUAAAUAUCAACAGCUUAUCACGCCAGCGAACCCAUCUUUUGAAGUUGUACGAUGCUCAUCCCCAACCAUCAAUCAAAAUAGCAUGUUUGAACCUUCUACUCCAGAACUACUUGAAACACCCGGCGUUCAUCAACUCCUACGACUUGACACAGAUCGUCACAGAAUUCAACAUUGUCGACCUUCACGAUGAAGAAACCGUCCGUAGUCUCAUCAGCUGCUUGGUGUAUUCCUGGCAAAAUGAGACCUCUUCAAAGGCGAAGAAGCUCUCACUAGCGACAUUUUUGUCCCACACCCUCCGUCAGUUGAACCUACCGUCAGAAGACAUCCACAAGUAUGUCGACAAACAGAUCCUCCCAUACUUGGCCGAGCUUUCGGCGUCUUCAAAGCUCAAUUUGAAGGUUCAGCCUGCUCAAACCUCAAACGAAUUGAGUAUCAACCAUUAUAAGGACCGAGGAAUGCUAGAUCUUGACGGGUUGUGCAAGUACAUUGCUGUGCCAUUCAAGAAUGGUGAGCAGCCCCUCUAUGAGUUCUAUGAUGCGUUGGGCCCAAAAGAAAAGGUUCAAUUCAUGCAAAAGUAUCUUGAGUUCAAUAGAACAAAGCAGGACGCAGUGGAAUUACACUGUUUGUCGUUAGUGAACAAUGUCCGUAAGCUGUUAAUAGGAUUGUCCAUAUUCAGCCGGUCCAAGGCCGAUAUGGUAAACCAGUGGAUGAGUUUUACCGAUGUUGUUGAUAAAAUGCUAUUGGAUGACUACGUUCCGCAGGAUGAAGACGAGGAAGCCAUGUUAAAGUAUAAAAACUACAUCAAACUAUUGCCCACCGAGGUCACUGUCAGUAUGGUUCUCUCAAAGGCAUUGCUGCACACACUGUCAACCAAGGAGAUCCGAUUGUACACGUUGAUUUCAUCAGCUGCUCAAACGUUUACCCGGUUGGUGUACGUUGAGCAUGGUCUUGAGGUACCGGUGCCAAUGUCAGAGCUCGUCAAGCUCUUCAGUAUUAUCGUCAAACUUCUCGUUGGCCACUGCAAAGUGCAGGUCCCUCAAGAAUUUGAAGGCGAAACAAACUGGUUUGGAGGAAACCUCUUUCAUCACCAAAUCAUAAGGUUGCCCAAAUCAAAAUACGGAAAGUUGAGUCUAAACCCUUAUGUUUUCUACGAAAUGAAAGCUUCAGAGCUUCAGAUUGGCUUCGAUCGGUUGUUUCUUCCGAUGCUUGUGCCGCCCAAAAAAUGGGUCAGUCCAGAUGAGGGAGGAUACUUGAACAACAUCAAGUCAAUCAUCAGCAAUUUGAACGAACCUGCCUACCUUCUUUACUUGAAGCGUGCCAACACAUCGGGUCAAUUGGACUUCCUUUAUCGGAACUUGAGUUACAUGGGCUCCGUUCCUUGGUGCUUAGACCAAGAUAUGUUGAAAGUUUUCAAUACUGCCAUGGAGAAGGAAGGUGGCAUUUUAGGCAUUCCUCCCAAGAUUGAUCUCAUCACCAAACUUGACAAAUCUCGCUACUCAAAGUUGAUGUAUGAACGGCAGAAGUCCAAGCGGGUCAAAUAUAACUUGAUCAUGAAAAUAGCCAAUGCUUUCAAAGACAAUAUCAUGUACCUACCGCAUAAUGUUGAUUUCAGAGGCAGAGUGUACCCAAUGGUUUCGGUGCUUAGUUAUCAAGACGAGGAUGUCACCCGUUCGUUGUUGCAGUUCUGGGAUCCUCAUCCUCUUGGUUCCAAUGGUUUAAACUGGUUAAAGUAUCAGUUAGCAGGUCUUUAUGGGAAAGACAAGCUUCCCAUGGAAGAUAGAAUCGAGUUUGUCGAUGCCAAUUACAACUUUGUCUUGAGCUCUGCAAGGGACCCCAUGCAGAACAAGUGGUGGAUGGAAGCUGAUAGUCCCUGGCAAGUAUUGCGGUUAUGUAAGGAGUUUUUGAAGAUUUCCGAGUUUUCUGGAGAUAUCAGCGAGUACAAAAGUAGGGUUCCCAUCCACCAGGACGGUUCUUGCAAUGGAUUACAACACUAUGCUGCACUCUCGCAGGAUCUGGGUGGAGGCAAGGCGGUUAACCUCAUUCCUUCAGAAACCAGGCAGGAUAUCUAUAAUGAAGUAUUGGAAACCAUUUUGACCAAAGUUGAAGAUACCCCAAUAGAUAGUAUUAUUGGCAAGAUAAUCACCCGGAAGGUAAUUAAGCGGCCAAUUAUGACAAAAGUGUAUGGGGUUACCCCCCAUGGGGUGAUUGAGCAACUUCAAGAGGAACUUCUUCUGCACGACCUAUCCAAGAAACUAAACAAGCAGGAACUCGAAUUCUACAACUCCAAUAGAAGGGAAAUUGUCAUACGGAUAGCCCGUAUGAUCGCCCUAUCACUCAGCAACGUAUUCAAGAACUUAAUUGUUGUUGAAGACUGGUUGUACAAGAACACCUAUCGAGUGAUGAACACAAUUAGGCUCGAGGAAGUGAAACACAAACACAUGGAUUUGGUCAAAUUCCAAAACUUUAAGCCAAUGAUGUGGACUUCCAUGUCAGGGUUCCCCAUCAUUCAACUUUACAACAAGAAGUCCACAAAAACUCUUAGUACCAGGUUGCAAACAUUCUCAGUUAGCAAGUUCGAUGAUGAAGGCAAAAUCAACAUAACAAAACAAUUGAAUGCAGUAUCCCCCAACUUUAUCCACUCCCUAGACGCCCUCCACUUGUUACUUACAUGUGCAAAGUGUGAGGAGCAGGGUAUCCCGUUUGUGGCAGUUCAUGACUCGUUCUGGACUUCGACAGAACACACCGACAAACUUGCCAUUAUUCUCAGGCAGCUGUUCAUCGACUUGCACUCUUCGGACGCCCUAAAGUGUCUUUAUGAUGAUAUGACCAAUACUCUCAAAGACUCGUACCAUGUGGUAUGGAUUAGAGAUGAAGACAAUUUGGAAAUGCUUCAUAAAAUCUAUGAGCUCAGGCACCAAAACAAGAAGAUGUUAUCUAAUAACCUUAAUAAAGCCCUCGAGAUGGAGAUUCAGAACCCACAUAUUAUUGAGAUCUAUGAGAAUUUGGUGAACAUUUACAAACCCACACUCUACUUCCGCAAGAACAAUGUGAUGUUGAAGUAUUCAGACAUCUCUCGCCAGAGUGUCGCGUUCAGGCUCAGGGAAUUCACGCCCAUCUUGGUGAAGGCGUCCGUAAUAGAGCCCCCCAAAGGUGGUGACCUAGACAUCAACCAGAUUGUACAUAGUAAGUUCUUCUUUUCCUGAAGACAAAACAUGCAUAAAGUAAAUCUUUUCAAACUGCCAAUUUGGUAGACACAACGGUUGUUUACAAUCUAAACUAGAACCGCUCACUCUUCCUCAUUAAUCAUGCGCUGGAGUUGGUCGAAGAUCUUGUCUCUGUGAAUCGCAAGCUCAUCGUCACUCUCCCCAUCGAAAAACUUCUGUCUGC